AUCUCUGUUGGUGAUCGUAUUGCUCAACUUGUUUGCACGCCGUUUAUAAAACCAGAACUUGUUGAAGUAACUAAUCUUGAUGAAACUGACCGUGGGGAUAAUGGCUUUGGUUCUACUGGGAUUUCAAUGUAUUGUGGAUAACAAAAUUGUCAUCUCCUUUCUGGUCUUUAUUCUCGUUCUAUUUAUUGGUGGAUUUUCAUUGCUAAAGAUUGUACAAGAGAUUGAAAGUAUCUCGGAUGCGGCAGUACUUAAAGCUCGAAUUGCAAUCAUAGAUGGAACGUUGGUAGUCGUGAUAUUAAUUGUGAUUUUGUUUGCUGUUCUUCUAUUUAUUCUUGACAAAUGGUUUAAAGACGUUGAUUUAAAAGUUAUGCAAACGACUGAUCCUAUUGUGACAAAUCAACGUUCUCAAAAUAAUAGUUCCCAACAAAACAAUGACAGGAAUGAAGGAGAUGGAGGUAUUCAAGGAGUCCAUUUUGAUAAAUCCAUUCAACAGGAGACGGUUCAGACUGAAGAUAAGACGGAUUAA